AUGCGGUUUACAGCGCCCUAUACCGAUCCAAAUACUGUCUUUUAUGCAAUCCCGCUACAACCACAAAGAUGCUCGACGUCCAAUUCAGGUGGACUGGGUGCCGUGUACCAUAGUCAGGCGGGAGAUUUGCAUACCCCUGUCACAGGUCUGAGCAUGAUGACUCCACUUUCUCUCUCGCAGCAGACUCCUGCAGCUCCCGUCAACCCCGAAACUGCAGCCUCCGGUCUUGGUCACUUCAACCAGCAAUAUAUUCCCCCACACUUCCAUUGCCCCCAGCCAUUUACUCAGCAGCCAACCUUGGCGUCCAAUGAUCUCGUUCAGAGUGAUGCAGGUUACGAUGCCAUGAGCGAACAUGCUGAAGAAUUCCCUCUUAUUAAUAUUGAUGUGCAGGGUAACACGCCUUCUCACAAUGUUGCAUCAUCAAUUCAAGACGAUCAAGCGAGCAUUUCGAAGCCAUGUGAACCUCUUUGCUAUCGUGUCACUUUGCGCGCACCUACAGCAAUGAUCAAUGACCGAGCCGAGAUCUCAGUUACCUACCUCAACAAAGACCAGGCGUACUCGGUGUCCGUGAUUGAUUCUACACCGCCACCCAUGACUACACAAUCGAUCAAAUAUCAUACCUACAUUCAUUUAUCAUUCCAAGAAGAAGAGCAGAGGAGCGGUAUCAAAGACACAAAGAACCGGCAGGUUCAGCUCAGGAGCUCAGCAUUCAAUAGAUUCUGCAUUACAUGGACUCUUAACCUGUCAACCAGUACUUCAGAAUAUUUAAUACCUGUCCGGUUCAACUUCCUGUCUACAGAUUUUAGUCGCUCCAAGGGUGUUAAGGGUAUUACAGUAAAAUUAUAUACAAAGACAGAAAUCCUCUCCCCGGCUGAUGCGAGCUCGGCCUCGGACAGGAAAGCGGAGGUGUACUACUGCAAGGUCAAGCUUUUCCAUAACCAUGGGGCUGAGCAAAAGCCCUCUAACAAUAUCACUCAUGUCAAGAAGACCAUCAAAAAGCUUCGACAACAGAUUUCCCAAGCUGCAAUGGGCGUCGGUAACUACAGCAAGCAUAAGCAUGGUAAUGGCUCGGUGGCGCGCAAGAACGCGGAUCCCCGCCCAGCCAAAAUUACUAAGCAUACACGGACAUGGUCCGCGGGCUCGCAGAACAACCCUGGCAAGAUGCUUUCAAAAGACAAUCUCCAUGCAAAGCUUGCCUUUAAUGCAAGAUAUAUUCACAUCAACGCGGUCGAGCAAGACAACCCGGACUUGUACCCUGUCAUGCUGUUCAAGUCGCGUGAGUUCAUCAAACAAGAGGACAGUAGCAGGCUCCACUCCAGUCUUGAUUAUACACCUCUGCACACCAUUUCACCUACUAGCAGUAGCAUCUCCAUGAGCUUGCCAUGCCUUCCGACCAAUAUACAGUCGAAGGCGGUAGAUAUCGACCCAACCUAUCAUCUACCGGCGAAGCGACCAAUAGUUUCAAAUGGCUAUUACAGGGCCGUCUAUCUGACUGAGCAGACAAUUCGCGAUCUAGUGGAGAAGAUUUCCAUGAAACAACGCAUCAAUCCCCAACGUAUAAUGCAAGUCCUCCACGUCAAGCAAAAUAGCCUCAAACUAAUAGUUAAUAACGAUGUGCGCGAGCUUCCUGACGGCCAGGAUAUGGUUGUCAAAGUGUCCGAGACAUUGUCAUUUGAGAAGGCCGCAGCUACAAGACCAGGAAAUCUCAGUCCAGUCCUCAAGAUCAAAUUAAGCUACUAA